AUGAGGGCAGCGAAGUCGGUUUCUGUGGUUGCAAUCCGGGUUGAUUAUUUGAAGAAGAAGAAGAAGAAGAAGAAGAAGAAGAAGAAGAAGAAUAAGAAGAAGAUGGGCUCUUCGGAACAGGUUUAUUUAAAUGCUGAUGUCUCAAAGAGCUUAAUCAGUACUCCAUUGCCAAAGCGCAAAAUGCACUUAAUCGAUAAGAAAUUUCAAGUGGCAUGUUGUGUUGAUCGGCCUCAUGCUGAUCGAUUUUCCUCUCCUCUCGCUGCCUCGGCCUCUUGGGAGAUGGUUGACGGGCGUUUUGACUGCGUGCUUUGUGAGUCGCAACUCCGUCGGGGAAGCUGAUUGAACCUUUAACGGGCGGUCGGUCUGGCGGUUCUUGUUCUUCCUCACCGAGUAAACUCGCCGUCAGGCUAUUUCCCUCCUGUGUGGUUGUUUGGUCCUGAGCUCUACGAUUGUGAUUACGUAGGACUUUGUAAUCUGCAGGAAUGUCCAGAUGCCUGUUGGUAGAGUGGUGAUCGGAGAACCACGCCUCGAGAGUUAGCCGUUCUGCUUUUGCGUUGUCCCGGCCUAAGAUGGUAGCUCUCUGGAGAUUAAAAGUAUGCCCUGUUUCUCCAACGUGUGUUGCUAGUUAAGAGUUAGUGUCUAACCUCCGAGUGGCUAUCAUUUUAAACUAAUUCUCUCACAAGCCACUGUUCUGCGCCCACAACUCCCUGUGACUCAUUGUGGGUAGCAUAGUUCUUGAUUACCUGUCCAUGCCCACAGUAGGUGGUCCAAUUCAUGAAAUGCCGUGGUCGAAAUUUGAGCGAUAAGUAUUUUGUGCUUCUUGUGUUGUUAUUUGUGUUUGUUAAAAUGAUUUGAGACGCAGAAACCAAUUUACUGAGGAGGGGUUCACUUCAAGUCAGUUUUAUUAAAGGAAAACAGGCCAGAUUUGGGUUAAAUCCGAUCUUUCUUGAUAUCCAGACAAUUCCGAACGCUGUUGAAGCCUGUAGAUCAAAACUUCACGUUUAUGGGCAUUGUGCUGUAAACGAAGAUUAAUAUGAACAGGAAAAAAUACGAAAUAAAUCCCGUCUCGAAACGGGAAAUCCGAUCUUGCUUCCAUGAAAAUCAGAUGAGGACGGAUUUGGGAGCUUGCAUUGUUUUCAAUAAAUGAGGGCCAAAAUCAGCUUAUAAAAUUCUUUUUUGUAAAUUUAUGGCAUUUCGUGCCAUAAAACCUAGUAAUAAACUUGUUCGGUAGUUGUUUGUUUUAUCACACCGAGAGCACAUUGCGUCGAUGGCAACUUUCAAGAACUGCCAACGGUUAGUGGUCAGGAGGGCGAUUAAAUUCGGAGAGCGACCAGUCUGGCCACCGACUGCAGACACCAUCAACAGCAAGGUGUUCGUCAACAUUGUGAAGGAUAUUUUCGAUUACAACGACAUCCACCGACGCCGACCGAAUACCACCAUUUUAUACGGCAAUGCUCCUGUCCAUCGCUCUAUGGAAGUACGAAUCUACUAACGCCUUCAAUCGUAAUCUGACUUUUUGGACAACAGACAGCCUCUCUGCAUGUGGCCUUCAGUCGAUUGCCAUCCCUGACAACAGCCCGAAUCUCAGUUCCAUCGAAAAGCUUUUCGCACUUAUCAAAAGACAUUGGCAUAAGACGAAUGCGAAACUGUCUAUGCAUGAAAAACUUGAUUUCUUGCUAAACAGACCACUAUAGACAACCUGACCAUCUCCACGUCUGAGAGACUUUCUGCUAUGAUAAACGCAGAUGGACAAUCAACAAAGUGCUGAUCUUUUGUAUUUGUUAUUAUUUUCCAGUAUUUUCACCAUUUUAUGCAUUUGCCUUCAUUAUGCACCCUUGUAGUUAGCCCUAUUUAAGCGAUAUGCAAUACGGCCAUUUUCUAAAAUUCUAGUUUUCGGUGAAAAUUUAUUAUUUUUACGUUAGUAAAUAUUAAUUUACAACCCUGACUCUGGAGCUGCCAACUGUGAUAUACAUGAAGUGGCCUGCAAAUACAUCCUAUAAAUACUGCAACACCUGGGCAAUUUACCACCCUUAUCCGACUCUGUCUCUGAUGGGGGAUUCGAGUGAGAAUCCGAAACGUCAGGCUAAUAAAGCUCUUGUUCCAGUGAUCGUGCCUCCUUCUCCGCGAUUAAUUCCUGAAACUCGCCUCCUCGCUUCUGUCAGCAAACCCCAAUUAUGCUUUCUUUUUUGCUAACAGUCAUUCUUUCGCUGCCGUUAGACUUUGGGGAACGCAGGUUGGGCGGAUUUUGCGUUGUAGGGAUUUUCUUGUGCAAACUCAUGACACUGCAUGAGUUUGCACACCUACUGUAUGUACAGUCAAGAAUUUCUUCUACACGCACUGGAGAAAUGCGUUGUUCCAAACCGUUUAUUUGGAUAUGGCAUUCUUCUUGGCGUUUUUCAACCUCAUUGAUCGAGGCCAUGGCAGCGAGUGCAUGCUCCAGCCUUGGCUAGAAAAUAGCACCCAAAGCCUCCUAGCUUAAAUUCCUCUGCCAAAGUUUCUUUCCAGGAUCGAAUCCGUGUUUUCUAAACUCUACGUACUCAUUGAACACGACUCGGCUAGUAAUUAGUCGUUUAUAGAGAAUGGACCUUCACUGAUGAGCCGAACCCCUCGCAGGGACAUAAUUCCGGCGAAACACGUGUCUGGGCUUUUAGCUAGCACCUUAGCUAGUACGGUAUCCUGUAACCCCAUAUUCCUAUCAUAGUUCUACCGUCGCAAAUUACAGGCUUCCGGUCUUGUCCCGAGUGCUUAGUUGUAACCUACGCGUGUUAGGUGAAUUGUUAUGUGCACCUAAAUCGGGCCAGGCGAUAGAUACGCUUGACCAACACGUGAGCUACAUCGGAUUCUAGAAGGCGUUAUUAGGGUUACACGCUCAUAACAACUGCUAACAUUCGGAAUGCGGUGGCAGGCCUACAGUAGGUGGGCUAACUCAUGAAAUGGCAACCGAAAUUCCGAAAUGCGUUUUCGUUUCGAAAAGAUUGCCUAAGUAGGCUUGUGAAAUUAAUCAUCGUGCAGCAUAAUGUUAUAAUAAUUAGGCUAUCUCAGGAUGUCGGUUUUCGAAGGAACUUCCCUCCGGCUGCAUGCGAAAACGAGACUCUGUAAAAAAUGACUACUUAUGUGGUAUGCAUUUGUCUAUUUGAUUUUCGACGCCCCUAAAAAUUCAAUUAUAUUUCGUAGAAAACAUGCAUAAAAAUGUUUAUUCUUUCGCUCAUUUCGUAGAAAAUUACGUACUUCCGAUCUUAUACUCGAAGGAAGGGUAUAACUUGGUUUUCAAAAACUUUUCCAAUUCCCGAGUAAUUGUGAAUCCGCUCUGCCAUUAUACUUGAAUACGGAAAACCAUACAUUUCUCUAUGGAAUUAACAGGAGACCAUAUAGGUUUCAUAAAAUUUAGCAGUCGAUUUGAUCCUUAUUGUUAACUUCAGAAGCUACAUUGGUAAAUGCAGGGAUAUGACGUUUUAUAAAGGCCCAUUUCACGGUAUUUAAAAGUCUUAUAAUUAGAAACUUUUUUGAAACCGAAUUAUGUCCCUCCUUCGAGUAUAAAAUUGGAAGAAGACGUAAUUUUCUACUAAAUGAGAGAAAAAAUAAAUAUUUUUAUGCAUGUUUUCCAUGAAAUAUAAUUGGACUUUUAGGGGCCUCGAAAAUAAAUGAGAAAUUUUCAUGCUACUUUGUGGUCAUUUUUUACAGUGUGUAGUUUUUGCAUGCAGCUUAAAAGAAGUUUGUUUGAAAGCCGGCAUCCCGAGGUAACUUUAUUAUUAUAGAAUUGUGCCGCAGGCUGAUUAGUUUUACAACCCUACUUAAUUAAUUCAUUUUUUUAAAACGAAAACUCAUUUCGAAAUUUCGGUUGACAUUUCAUGAGUUAGCCCACCUACUGUAGUUGUCGACUCACGCCGAGCCAAAUGGGAUCCCUGACAUCCCGCACUUUUGCUAUUGUUGAAAAUCCUGGUCAGUGUAUUUUGUGGACCGGGUGUGGUGGUACGCCUAGAUGCGGGUUUUCGUCGUGCCAUCCACCUACCUUCUCUCCCGCCUCCGGUCUUCCUGAUACCGAGUCUAGGUGGGAAAGGUGAAGAGAGAGUGUGAUAGAUAUUGCGCAAGUCCACAAUCAUUAUAAACUAACUCACGCGCAUCUCACUGUCCUUGCGCCUACCUUAUUCCGGGCAUACGAUGAACAUCGUCGGACACGACGGUCAAGCUCUCUCUCUCUCUCUUCCUGCACUAGCAACGCUGGAUGUCUACGAAGAGCGAUGCAGCCGUAUCGGGACAGGGGCAGCCUGGGGAGUGAAAUAUGUAGAUUAAAAUUUUCCCUCAAAUGUCGCGCAACAUUUUCUGAACUUCCCUCCGACCCCCCCCCUGUGCUUCCUCUAUAGCCAAUGCAACCGGUCUACCACCUGCUUACCUGCCCGCGUAAUGGCCCCGUCUGUCCUCGCAGCAGUUUGACCUGGAGACAGAGAGUGACAAUUAGACGACCCCCUCGGGCGAGUAGGUCAACCUCUGAACUCUCGUUUUCUUCCCACCUACUUAUUAAGCGGUCAAGUGUUUGAACCAAUUUUAAUCAUGGCUGUCCGGAACUGAGACGCCUGUCCAGCCACCCUCCCCCUCCCCCCUCCUUUGGGGCUGGAGGCAGAAAAGCUGACCAGAACAAACAGGCUCCGUCUGCGGCGGUGGUGGUCGUCGUCGUCCGGCCGUCCACACGGCGACUAAGCAGACAGAAUCGGACAAUAGGAAGCGGAAGUGGCCGUCGUUUCUGGCUUAUUCAUGUGUCUUCAUGCAUUCAUCUAUGGCUUCGUGUUCCGGCAGACUGACAGCCUGAUAAUUCACUUAGACCAGACUGAAAAACUCAGUGCCUCGGUGGGAUCCGAACCCACGACUGCAAGGGGGGAGGCUUUAGUACAGCCAGCAGUCUAGCCGCCUGAGCUACGAAACCCCACCGGACGACGCGAGUUUAACCACAUCUGGGUUAAUUUUACCCGCACAACCUACUGCAACGUCUGGAUCCACCAAAUCUGAUACAGUAAGCUAACUGCCCAAGUAGGAUUUCCUAAGUAAUCCAUCUAGAAUCCGCCAGAUGACUACCAGGCUCACAUAAUGUGAUUAAACCCGCGUCGUAUGGUGGGGCCUCAUAGCUCAGGUGGCGAGAGCGUUGGCUGUACUAAAGCCUUCCCCUUACUGCGUGGGUUCGAAUCCCACCGAGGCAGGUCAAAAUGACUUAUUUGAAAUCUACAUAACACCUAUGAACCUGAUAACUAACAACCGUUGUUCGCUUCAUGUCCAUUUCCCUGAAACGACGGCUGUAAAAUUCUUGUUGAAUCGAAUCACGCGUAUAAGCCAAAAACAGAUUUCGAUGUAUAUACGGUACUAUCGAUAGAAUAAGGUCAUAAUAAAAAAACGUACAAACCCCAACAAUGGAUACCCUAGACAAAGAAUUCCUUUGUUACUGUUCGAGAAAAUCGAGUUCCCAGCUCAAGGUCAGAAUACAAAAACUAGUUAAGUAAGAGAACGCCGAUCACGCUCGAAAGGGGGUUACAAAAAGGGGGAAGGGGAAUGUCAACAGGGGUAAAAUGUGGAAGCACUUGCGAGGAGGGCGUGGAGAAUUCCAAGCGUUAACCAGCUGGAUGCAACAACGGCCCUUAUCUGCCAAUUUAUUCAACUCUUUUGAUUGUUGUCUCACGAGUUCUGUCAUUUGUUCUGCAUGUAUCGCCGAAUCUAUAAAGUGGUUGAUUCCACUGUUGAGGUGGUCACUGCCUACUCAACCCGAAAACUAGCCCGCAAAUCUGCCCGCGGUGACGGCUGAAAAGGGAUCUCAAUAUUUAAUAAACGAUCUUGAUAAGUCAAGACCGGCUUGGUCGUUGGAUUAGACAAAUAAACUUUCAAGUCCUGAUAACUGAAGUGUUCAUUUCAUAUCCAUCGACUAAACACGUGAGAAGGCACCAGUCCUAUUUAUUAUCACGACGAAAUGCAGUCAGAAAAAUGAUCAUGAGUCGUUGUCAUGCCCUCCUCUUUAAUCAUUCUGCCCUUUGAGUCGGUGGGUCAGACAAGCAAUUGCAAAUUUCUGGCUGUAACCUUUUAAUAACUUCUUAAUUAGUAGCUUUAUAUUGCUGUAAGAGGUGCAGUUUGUCAGGCGUCCUCGACUAUUUUGUCAUAUUAUGGCCAUCUAGGGGGGGGGGUGAAGGUUUCAAAUGUAUAGAAAACGCCUUCUGCGAAACGGUUUCGAACCGUCCAAUCGCCGACUAGGUGCCAAACUCUCUAAGUCGCUACUAUUUCCCUCUUCCAGGCGUUUGUUUGAACUAAUCGAUAUUGGCUCCUUCCGGACUGAAGGGGGGUGCCAAUCGCCGAGCCACAUGGGUCGUCCCACUGACAAAUAUGCUGGGCGCAGAAGAGUGACUGCUCUGUCUACCAGACUUCGUGUACUUCUCAUAGUUUUUUUUGAGUUACUAGUUGGAAACUUUGUUAAAGUAGACUGCCUGAUCUCACACACACGAGGCAGACACUAUUAUUACAGCUCAAGACCAUAGCAUCUGUGUGCAUAUGGAGAGCCAGUGCCUCGAACACGCCUCACAGCACACUUCGGUCCUUCGAAAAACUAGUACAGCAAAUUCUAUAUUUCCUGAUCCUGAGUGGGUACUUAAAAAGGUUUGCCGCAAAUCCCACGAAAAGUCUCUUUCAAAACUAAACGAGUCAGCACAGACGAACGGCUAUUUGGCCUGUACAACUGUGCAUCUUCAUUUUUGGAGGAGUGAUGGUCAAGUGAGAGAACCAGGGUAAGGAGGGUAGGGUAUCUACGGCAUGCAAAAAAUGCCUACUGUGCUUGUUUAAGUAGACCGUGUUUUAUUCAUUACUCCUCUAAGCAUGGAGUCGGCUUUCAGACGUUGCUCUUCACCUUAUCCAUUACCUACAAUUGCCUGAACUGAGAAAACAUCGUAUCGAUUGGGCCUUUCGUUGUAGAUGUUGCUCCUCUCCUUAGUAAAGCCUCCCAUAACCUUAGCUCAGAGAGUUUAGAUGCGAUCGUAUCGGUCCGCUGGACUGUCGCAGACAGGUGCCUUUGGCCAGUCUACCGCUGAGAUAUUUUCAGAAACCGUUGUACGAACUGGGUCGUUCAUCGUAGGGUCUAGUUUAUACAUUUGGGGGGCGGUGGUUUGGCUUCACUCCCUCAUCUUAGGUGUUGCUCUUCGCCUUACCAUUACCUACCAUUGCCUGCGCUGAGAUAUUUCAAGUGCCUGUGGCUAUCCUCUGAUACGUAGGGGCCUUCAGCCUAUCGUUGCCAGGACCAAUUGGGGUUAGAGGGUAGGCUGCGAGGAGAGAAGGGGGGUGCGAUUAGGUUAAGGGUGGAAGAGACGGAAGCAAGACUAAGGAACGUGGAACAGUGGGGAGAAGGCUGAGAGGGACUGAGUUGAGGAAAGGAAUCUGAUUGGUCAGCUAUCACGAGACCAACUGGCAAUAUCUUAUUUCGCAGCCGUACCCGUUAGGAGUUUUGGUUAGGGGUUUAAGUUAUUGGUCGGAGUUAGGGCUUAGGUUUAGGAUUUAGGGGUUAAGAUUAGGGGUCAGGGUUAGGGGUUGGGGUUAGAGGCUACGGUUAGGGAUUAGGCUGUGGCUUGUCUACUACACCCAAAUAUUACUUGUGUUUACAGGAUAUUACAACUGGUACCUCGUAUUUCCUCUAGUAUUCUUAUCUGCUUCAUGGCUUCGAAGAAUUUUUAGUUAAUAUGGAAGGCAAUCGGCACUUUAUCUUGGCACGAAUUCAUCCGUGUUCGAUCUGCCGGCCUACUUAUUAUAUUAGAUUAUAACAUUCCUUUCUACUUUUAUGUAAGAGUAGUUGUUGUAUUGCAAGUUAUGUGAUGAUUCCCAGCAUCUGUCAUCGUUCCAUCUCGUGUAACGGACACGUCAGCUACUGUGUCCAGUCUUAUCUCCGGUUGGAUUGGCUCUAAGAACGCACUGGUAUAUGAGAAAGUGGAAUAGAGGGUGAGGUAGAUUCAGGUGCGAACAACCACAUGGGCAUUGAAACGACCAGAACUCGUCGAUUAUCGUGGCUCUGAGGUUGCCCAAUCACAGGGUGAUUGGGUCCUGGCCAGUAAGGGGUGUCCUGCUUCAAUAAAUCCAUCCUAGUAUGACCUUAUGGCAAUCUCGCUUGACUGAGCUCAGGGCUUCCAUCAGUUAAACCUGGCAUAGAGUAGGUGGGCUAACUCAUGAAAUGUCAACCGAAAUUCCAAAAUGCGUUUUCGUUUCGAAAAGAUUAAUUAAGUAGGGUUGUAAAACUCGUCAACCUGCAACAUAAUUCUAUAAUAAUUCAGUUACCUCAGAAUGCCGGCUUUCGAAAGAAUUUCCUCCCGGCUGCAUGCAAAAACUACACUCUGUAAAAAUGACUACUUGCUUAGCAUGCAUUUUCCUCAUUGAUUUCCGAUGCCCCUAAAAUUCUUAUUAUAUUUCGUGGAAAACAUGCAUAAAAAUAUGCAUUAUUUCACUAAUUCGGUGGAAAACUACGUCUUCUUUCAAUUUUAUACUCGAAGGAGGGACAUAAUUUAGUUUUUGAAAAGUUUCUAAUUGUCAAACUUUUUAAUAUCGUGAAAUGGCCCUUCAUAAAACGUCAUGUUUCUGCAUUUACCAGUGUGGUUUGUAAAGUUAACAAUAUAAAUCAAAUCCAAUGCUAAAUUUUAUGAACCCGACAUGGUCUCCCCUUAAUACCAUAGAGAAAUGUGUGGUUUGACGUACGCGGAAAAGACACGGCUUGUAGUUUGGGAACCCUGAAUGCAAGUGUGACGGCAGGGCGGGUUCAAAAUGAUUUGGGAAUUUGAAAAGUAUUUAAAAGCCGAAUAAUACUCUCCCUUCGAGUAUAAAAUUGGAAAAAGACGUAAUUUUCUGCUGAAUGAGCAGAAAAAUGAAUAUUUUGUGCAUGUUUUCCAUGAAAUAUAAUUGGACUUUUAGAGGCAUUGAAAAUCAAUUAGAAAAAUGUAUGACGCAUAAGUAGUCAUUUUUACAGAGUAUAGUUUUUGCAUGCAGCCGGAAGGAAGUUCUUUCGAAAGCCGGCAUCCUGAGGCAGCUGAAUUAUUAUAGAAUUAUACGGCAGACUGAUUAGUUUUACAACCCGACUUAAUUAAUCUUUUCGAAACGAAAACGCAUUUCGGAAUUUCAGCUGACAUUUCAUGAGUUAGCCCACCUACUGUACAUGUGUGAAUUUAUUGAUCAGGUCGUGUAGUGCGCGUAGACAGACGGUUUAAAUUUGUCCCCCAUACACUCGCGGUGUGCCGGGGGGAGAAGAUAAUGAGACAGAUUCAGUGCAUAUCUGCGUCAUGGGGAACACAGCUUCAUUUAUCAAUUCACGGCUCCACCCACCUCCUUCUGCAGUGCCAGGCCUCGUCGCUGCUGUCGGCCAAAAUAUCUAUUUUGGUCAGCCCGACGCUGUCGCACUAAAGAGGCGGGCCUGAAGUUCUGCUUUCUGAGUAUAUGGGGCAUCUUCGUGUCGAGAUGACAGACACAACCAUUAGUUUCAGAGUUAUUACUCGUCGCCAAUGAUUCUCAGCCCCUACCAUCCAGUGUGGAGGUUUAACUCAGACUCUCUUCUCAAUAGGGACUCCUUUUCCAUAGUGCACGUUGACACGUCGACUCAGCUGUGAGACAUGGCUAACCCUCUACCAGAUGGAUUCUUGAUUAAAACAACCUAAGGUUGACUGGGCGCAGUAUGCUAUUGACUAAUGAGAAUCCUCAUACUGUAUGCCAGAAGUGGCUGACUGGAAAUUCAUUUUUCAAGUGCGGCACUAGUGAGUGAUAUGCACUUAGGUCUUUCCGUUGUGUUCGGAGCAUCCAGACAGUCCUAUGAGAGUGCUUAUACGAUUCUUUUUAAUCUAUAAUAAACAGAUAAAUUUAAUAUGAGUGGAAUUUGUGAAGCAGAGGACUAGAGGGAAACUGGAGUCGCAUGAACGAGAUAGCGCGCAUUCUGAGAUGACAUAAUGUAAGAUGAGGAGCUCUUCAAAAAAAUAGGAUCUACCCGUGAAUUUGUAAGCCAAUGCCACCAAUCUCUUGUCAGACAAAAUGAAUACCAAGAGGUUGGCUUGUCACAGCGGAGCUUUUGGUGGUAAAUAGGACAUAUCAACAGGCAGACAGCAGUUGUACAGUGCGUGACCGAUCUCAUUAAAUGUUGGCCAAAAUUCUGGAACGCGUUCCCGAUUAGGAUUACUUAAAUGGGGUUGUUAUACUGAUGCAAUUGGAAGGGCCGCCGACUAAGACAGAGCAGUUAGACUGAUUGCUUCGGCUGUCGUCACACCUGCCCUAAGAAAAGAACUCUCUCCCAACCGCUCACUGCUCAUAAUGUAAGUUGGGCUUUAUGUGAUCAAAGCGCGAAUCUGUUCGCGCAUGCCAAAUUCUUAAAAACCCAUGAAAACAUCUACUAAAAUCGGGCAGUAGUGUAGUGGUUUGCGUUUUAUAUCAGGGAAGUUUCUUCCUCGUGUACAUGGGGUGAUGAUGAUGAUGAUGAUGAUGAUGAUGAUGAUGAUGAUGAUGAUGAUGAUGAUGAUGAUGAUGAUGAUGAUGAUGAUGAUGAUGAUGAUGAUGAUGAUGAUGAUGAUGAUGAUGAUGAUGAUGAUGAUGAUGAUGAUGAUGAUGAUGAUGAUGAGACGAAGGGAAGACGAGUUAAAAUAAGAAGAUAA